GUUUUGUAGUCAAGGUAUCAUUAGAAGAGAAUAGUUUUGUGAAGACCAGAGAGGUUAAUUCACGAAUACAAUGUAUUGUUCUUAUGAUAAUCCCGUGCAAUUGAUGAUACAAUUGAAUGAAGGGAGAUAAAAGACGAACUAUGGGAACUACAUGAAUAAGACAACAAAGCUUUUGCAAAAGACCCUCGACUCAAUAACUCUAUUGAGAGUUGAUACGCACUUUUCAAGUAAUCCAUUGAGAUGAAAUUUGGUGUUAUUUUAAAGACACGCCAAUGAUAUUGGGAUGACAACCCAGCACCUCCUUCGAGGAAAUAAAAAAACCCUAUAGAGAAGAAAUUAAACUUCUCAAACUUAGAUCUGGAAUAGAUCAAUUACUUGGUCACCCUACUUUGUUGGAAAGAAAACCAACGGGGGCUGAUCAAUGAAAGCUGGUCAUCACCAUUUCAACCGGGUUGAGUUGGAUAGACUGAGAGGGAACCAGGCUGGACAAACAAAGAAGAAGGGAAGGUGCUAUUCCCAAAAGGGCACAAUUCAAAGGAAUUUAAGUAGAGAAAAGGGUAAAAACAGAAGCAUGUACUAUAUUCAUGAAACAAAACAAAUAGACAGAAGGAAUAGAAUUAAAGGGUCCUAGCUUCAUUGAUGGGAGUUUCAGAUAUAACCCACAUUGGGUGAAACUAUCGUUUAAUCAGGAAUGUUUCUAUGUAAUUCCUAG